GCGCAACGUCCCGCCCACCUCCACCGACGGUCCAAUUUUGACACGGAGAGUGCUUCGCGUGUUGAGCUGCCGCGGAAAUGGCGGCUUCUGCCUCCGAGGUAACUCCUGCAGCGAUUGCCGACAUUUGCGCUCUCGGCGAGAAUGAAACUCAACCCGAUGAGGACGGCAAAACCGAAGCAAAAUCAGUGCAACCAGCCAGCUGCAGGGAGACGAAAAUGGAGGAGCUGAAGGCGGAGGCCGGCGAGGUAGCAGAGCAGGCCGCUAGCGAGACGCCGCUGAUUGACGAUCCAGAAGCGGUCAACCAGGAGACCACACCCGCUCUUAGAAAUACGGAGCUUCCAUCCGAUGAGAUGCCAUCAGAGCCGCCCCAGGACUUUGCGGUUGACAAUGGCGAUCGCGUCGGAUGUGUCACGGAGAAAGAUGCUAAAGGGGAGUCCGGGGAAGAGAGCCGGUGUUCCGGCAUAGAGGAGGGUGAUAAGAAACCGACUUGCGAGGAAGGCGAUAAACUGAGCGGCGGAGACGCGGCGCUGGGUGACAAGAGGCGGCCGAGCGUGGAGAUGUCCUCCUCUGACGGUGAACCGCUGAGCCGCAUGGACUCCGAAGACAGCAUUAGCAGCACACUGAUGGAGAUGGAGAGCACAGUGUCAAGUGGGCGCUCCACUCCGGCUAUGAUGAACGGACAGAGCAGUGCCAGCUCCUCUACUGUUAAGACCGUGGCCUACUCCUGUUGCUGGGACCUUUGCCUUCAGUACUUCAACUCCAGCCCUGAUCUCGCCGAACAUAUUAGGGGUGUCCAUGUGGACGGACAACGAGGAGGGGUGUUUGUGUGUCUAUGGAAAGGUUGCAAGGUGUACAACACUCCUUCCACUAGUCAGAGUUGGCUCCAGAGACACAUGCUGACCCACAGCGGUGAUAAGCCCUUCAAGUGCGUCGUUGGUGGCUGCACCGCAAGUUUCGCCUCUCAGGGGGGGCUGGCUCGCCACGUCCCCAGCCACUUCAGCCAGCAAAGCUCUUCCAAAAUGUCUAGCCAGGCAAAACUCAAGGAGGAGUCUCCGUCCAAGGCUGGCCUCAAGAGGAAGAAGCUCAAGAAUAAACGCAGGUGCUCCCUACCGAGGCCCCAUGAUUUCUUUGACGCUCAAACCAUGGACGCCAUCCGCCACCGAGCAGUCUGUUUCAACCUCUCAACUCAUAUUGAAAGUGUGGGCAACGGCCACAGUGUGGUCUUUAGCAGCUCGGUGCUAGCCAAAAGGAAGGAGGGGUCAGGAAAAGUCAAAGUUCUCUUACACUGGACACCCGAGGACAUCCUGCCUGACGUGUGGGUGAAUGAAACGGAGCAAUCUCACCUGAAGACCAAAGUGGUACACUUAUCCCAGUUGCCGCAGGAAACCGCCAUGCUGCUAGACCCAAACAUAUACAGAGCACUUCCACAGAAGCGACUAAAGCAGUGCGGUGAUUUCUAAUUGGUAUGGGACGCUCGUCAUCGCCCUUCUCUGGAAUGGGACGUGGAACAAUACGAACAAUUUGUCUUCAUCAAGAACGCAGAAGGAAGUUUCUUCUUUUUUGCCCUCAUAGCCUAUGUUGUAACAACUGUUUAAUGUUUUGUGUAAAUUAUGUAUGCAAAUUUGUAACUUAUAUUUUUAUAACGUAAACAAAAGGAUCAUGGUUGUGAAUUAGUGUGAGCGAUGGCACCGUAUUUACUGUGAUAAGCUAUUCUAAACGUCAGCACUAGGGACACUUGAAGUGUUUAUAUCGUCUUGAACAGUAUUACCAUUUAACUCCGUUUUUUUGUCCGACGAUACUAACCAGGCGGAAUGAUACAUACAUAUAUACCUUUUGUAAGCAAUAACUGGAUGCCCAACAUUAUCAAUAAGACUCUAUAAGAUCCGGCAAGCCAAAUUGCACCUCACUUCUUUCACUUCCCCCUUUUGCAGUUUAUACUGUAUUGUAUAUAUAAAUAUCUUACUUCUAACAUAUCACCUGUUUAAAAACUCAAUUCCAUUUGAACUGCUUGUUUUCUACUGUCUGUUGUCCUGUUUCGGUGGAGUAUUGUGUUUUUAAUAACACUAGAGCCAUGACAAGAGUUGACAAAUAUGGCUUGUGUUUAUCGAUGAGGGUGUGGAAGUGCCAGGGAGGAGCAAUGCUUCUGGUUUGCAUUGUUUGUGAGUCAACUCGGUCAGCAGGCAGAACUUUGUCGGACUUGGGGGAAAACUGAGUUCAGGCGGAGGUCUGCUGCUCUUUACUAGCUUCUCGCAUAUGGACUUCAUUUCACUUAAGCACUAAUAAAGUUGAUAAUGACACAUUCGAGUGUUUGGUUUAAGGUGGGUGGAGUGGAGCGCUUGCAUGUAAUUUUGUCUUUUUUUGUAAAUGAACAGAAUGUGUGCGUGCGCGUAUUGAUAAUGUACAAUAAAGUAUAGAAAAUCAUAAA